AUGUUACCUGUUCCGCAAAAUUCACAAAGUAAAACUUCUGAAACGAGGCGUUCAAAAGUUGCUCUGACUCAUGGUCGAAGCUUAAUGGAUUGGAUUAAGUUGACUUCGUCCAAAAGCACUGAAGCGAAGAUAAAACGAGGUAUCGAUCAUGUUGAACUCACUAAACAUGCAAAUGUUGGCGAUUGCUGGAUUUUGCUCGGUGAAAGGGUGUAUGAUGUGACAGAUUAUUUGGCAUUUCAUCCUGGUGGUGUUGAGGAGUUAAUGCGUGCUGCUGGUACGGAUGGUACGGAUCUUUUUAACAAGAUUCAUUCUUGGGUUAAUUAUGGCACAAUGUUGAAAACGUGCUUUGUUGGACCUUUCAGCGGCGACAGAUAUAAAUUACCCGAACCAAAAACUGCGAAUUUUACUGAAGAAACAAAUCCAAAUAUCGUUAAUUUCGAAGCAGCUAGAAUAAAGGUAGAAGUUAAUUAUGACGGUCAAUUACGAGUAAGUUGUCUGAAGUGGGAUCAACUGAGGGAUGAAAAUGUAUCCUUGGAAUUUACGGAAGGUGUGCUAAGACUGCUGUUGCAUUUUUCAUCUGGUAAAACAGAGGCAUUGCAAUGGACAAAACUGUCGACAACUAUUUUUUAUAAACCUUUUGAUGUCAAUAUUAACGGCAAAACAAUAUCUCUAUCUAGUAAAGGAAUUGAUGAAAAUAUCAUUCGUCAGUGGACUUUGGGAUCGUAUCAUUAUGCACCAGUAUUGAAAUACCGAAGUUGUGAGAUAUUUAAGAUGUGUGAUAUAACACACAAUACUGGUUCAUUUGUUUUGCGAAUGACGCCUCAUUGUCGUUUAAUGGUACCCGUAGGACAUCACGUUCUGUUGCGGAUUUGCAUUAAUGGAAGUUUGAUCGAACGUCCAUAUACCCCCGUUAUUGUAUCGGGAGAUGGGCAGUUUAUCUCAUUUAUGAUAAAAUUCUAUGAAAAUGGUAUUUUUACGUCAAAAUUGCAUAGCAAGAAAUGUGGGGAUUUAAUCGAAAUUAGCGACCCAUUAGGUUGUUUCAAUAUACAGCCCGAUUGCGCUGAUAUGAUAUUAAUGCUGGCAGCUGGAACAGGUUUAACGUCCAUGAUUCGAUUUACAGUUGAACGUCUGAAAAGUAAGAAAAAAGCAACUAUGAUCAUCUUUAACAGAAAGGAGAGAGAUAUUAUACCAGAUGACUAUUUUACGAAAUAUGAAAUACCGUUGAAUCAUUCUUUGAUAGAAAUAAAACAAUGUUUAAGCGAAGCUGACCAAGAAUGGAACGGCGAGAGAGGUAUUAUUUCCAAACAAAUACUGUCAAAAUAUAUUGAUGAAAAUACCGAAAAAACCGCUUAUCGCGUAUUGAUUUCCGGGCCAAAUCUUUUCGUUGAUCUGGCAAUAAAAUUGCUGGAAGAAUUAAAAAUGCCAAUGGAACAUAUUCACGCUUUCCAGAGCUAA